AUGAAAGACAUGUCAUUGGACAAGAUUAUUAUGUGUGACAAUAUAUGUAUUUUUUUCCGAAUAGGAGCAAUAAUCAUAUUCCUUCAUGAUGGAAGCGACGUGUUUAUGGAAAUCGCUAAAAUUUGCAAGUACUCUGAAAAGGAAUUUCGAGCCAGUGUGGGGUUUUCAUUCCUUGCUCUGUCUUGGCUACUGCAUAGAACUCCUGGAUCAUUUGGAUAUGACAUCAGCUGA